AUGAGCGAGUCCACCAUUUUAGACCGGCUUUCGGCGCUCGACACCAAUACAGUGUCUGAUGCCUUGGACUUUCUCAGUCUCAAAGGAGCCACAUACGGCUUACGACCACUCUGGGACUGCCCUAAGAUUGUUGGACGCGCCAGCACAGUCAAAGUGGGCCCAAAGACUGAUGCUGCUCCCACAGCCCAUCUACUCACCCCGGUCAUAGAUGCGGUAACUACGGAUGAUCGCAUUCUCGUCAUCUCCGGCGGCAUAGAUGGCGUCUCAUGCUGGGGCGAUAUCCUCGCCAAUGCCUCGAAAAUCACGCGAAUUCGUGGAACCAUCAUCGAUGGCAUGAGUCGUGACAUUGACGGGAGCCGCGAGGUCAGCUAUCCCGUUUACGGCCGUGGCGUAACCAUGAUCAGCGCGCGUAACCGCGUGGUCCAAGUUGACUCCGGCACACCGUUACAGAUGCAAGGCGUGACGGUCCAUCAGGACGACUAUGUUAUUGCGGAUCGCUGCGGGACAGUGUUCGUCCCAGCCAAGCACAUUGAAGAUGUCCUGGAAUACGGCGAGCGCAUCGACCGUCGUCAGGCCCUUAUGGUACAGGCUGUUCGAGCUGGUCACCCGGUGUCGGAGGUUAUGCACGACACGCAAUUCGAAGCCAUUCGCGAGGGUACACCGUCACAGACAGCUGCAAAAACCAUAGCAGCUGAGCCAUCCUUCAAUAAAAAUCCAAAGAAAGCUAGCACCGAGGACCAAGAGUUGGUGGCACUGUUUGCCGAUUCAGACACUCCUGCUGUUUCUGACGCGCUUGAUAAACUUGGCAUUUCUGGACAGGCGUUCGGUAUUAUGCCUUUGACCAAUUACAAGAAGACUACCGUCGGGCCAGCCUUCACUGUACGUUACGUACCCUCCAGCGACCCGCCAGGAAGUGUUGGUGAUUUCAUCGAUGAUGUUGCCGUAGGUGAUGUCGUAGUCAUCGACAAUGGCGGUCGCACAGAUUGUACCGUUUGGGGCGACAUUAUGACUCAAUAUGCCAGCUUACGGGGUAUUGCUGGAUCAGUUAUAGACGGUGUGUGCCGCGAUGUGAACCGUGCGAUCAGCGAUGACUACCCUCUCUUUACCGCUGGGCGUUGGAUGCGAACCGGUAAGGAUCGGGUUCAAGUGGGAGGCGUCAACCAGUCGAUUGGUAUUGGAAAGGUACUUGUCGAACCUCGCGACAUUGUUGUUGCCGAUGCAGAUGGUGUCGUUGUUGUUCCUCGAGAUCAAGCCCGUGAGGUGGCCGAAGUCGCGCGAAAGGUUGAGGAAAGCGAAGCUGGCAUCCGGGAAAUGAUUGCUGGCGGAGCCACAAUCGCUGAGGCGCGUGAGCAGCUCGGUUAUCACACGCUACAGCGUAAGGGAUAA